CGCGUUGUGGAAUGUCUGCUGGACCCAUAGCGUGUACCCUUUGUAAGUGGUACGGAUGUAAUAGUUACUCAUGCAGGAUGCCCAAGAAGUUACUGUGACUAUCAGCCAUUGCACGCGCAAUUGUUCGCGAACUCGUUGACGGGCUAUCUUCAAUGCGACGCAGUACACCUUCUUCAAAUUCGGGAGUGCGGCGUCGCCAUGGAGCACCACAGUCCUGCCUCCUCGCGGUGUAGGUACCCGGUUCUCGCAGCCGUUUGUAACUUGGGCAGACAGUUUGUGCGAUGGAGUGUGACGGUGUGGAAAACGUUCCUGGUACAACUGACUAGCAUCUCUUCCGUCACCUCCAGCUUCGCCGUGCACAAGGAGCAUGUCUGUGAAUUCCGGAAAAGUGUACUGCACCGUGUUUCCUCUAUCGGUGAUGCACAGGUAUUGAUUGACUCGGUCUCACAGCAAUGGAAUAGAGGGAGACGCCGUGACGUCACAGCUGCGAAGCUAUGUGAAGCCGAGGGUAGCCAUCUCAAUCGGACCAAAACAUUGCUGCUGUAAACUUGUGUGCUUAGGUUUGUCGCUCGCUUUUGGAAGGAUUUUGCGCUAUUAUGGUGACUUGUGUGGUGUUCGGAUGUACGACUCGUUCUGAUUGUGAUGCGAAAUCGAAGGAAAUAACAUUUCAUGUGUAAGUUGUCUUGUUAAGUGUGAUUUUACAACUUCAUUGUGAAUGAACGUGUGCUACAUCGGUACUUGUACUAUAGCGCGUUUUUCUCCUGUAUGAUUUCAGAUUUCCUAAAAAUGAAAGUCGGAAAGCUCUGUGGGAGAAUGCCGUGAGGAGGAAGAAUUGGCGUGCGUCUAAAUGGAGCACUGUAUGUUCUCAGCAUUUCCGAGAAGAGGACAUAGACCGAACUUCCCUUUCAACAGUAAGGCUCCGAGAAAAUGCUGUACCAUCAGUUUUCCCUACACACCCAAAACAUUUGCAAAAGCCCUGGUCGCCGUGGCGCAUGCGCGCUACGGCCCUCGGGAGUCGCGCUACCAGCUUAUGGAGGACCGCGAGCAGCCGUCAUCGGCAGAGAGGCGGCACAGUCCCAGAGCGGUCCGGCGCCGCUCGGAAGACGACGGUUCCGCCUCGUCAGAGUCGCAGGAAAUGUCGUCCACGGAGCUGCCGUGCCCAAAAGUUUGUCCACUUAUCUACGCACCAGUGUGUGUCGAAGACAUCAACCACGAAUACCACUUGUUUGAUGAUGAGUGUGAGGUGCGCAAGUGCGCCUGUGACACAGGGUUCGUUUACAAGUUUGUACCAAGGGAGAUGUGUAAAGGACCCCUCUCACCCUGUCCACUACAGCCAAAAUCUUCCCGGCGUCUUGAUGUAGAGGAAGACGCUGAAGUAUCUGACUCGUCGUCCAGCGAGUAACGUCCGAGUGGCUGUCCUGUCGACAAGAAAUCUUCGUAAAGCAGAAGAAUGAUGAAUAAAAGACCAAGAAAAUACGACAGCAGAAGAACUUACCUCAUUUACUCGCAACAAAACUACCUGAAUAACCUCAGCAACUUUUCUGCUUUAUUGAUUCGACCACGAAACACAAUAAAUCAAAUCAUCUUUUAUUUUAUAUAACUUGCUAUAUACAUAAAUUUUUCUGUCCUUUUUAAUCAUUUUCUUUUUCUGUAUUAAAUUGUCUACAACCCAAAAGAAGUUUCAUGUUAUG